CAUUUCAAAAUCGAAAAAAGAGCCCCCCUGCUCUCUCUCUCUCUCUCUCUCUCAUCUCGAUCAGGAACCCUAAUUUUGAGCCCAGGAACAAAAAACAGGACAUCUUUUUCGUUGGAAUUUUUAAUUUUAUAUUGUUUUUGGUUGGGAGAGCAACGGCUGCGACCGCCUCGAUCUUUCCUUUCACUCCACUCAAAGCCCCCACCAGCGCCUAAUUGAAAGCUCCGUUUGAAACCCUAACCCUAAUUCUUUUUGCUAUUUUUUGGCGGAGUGAUUCUUCUUUAAGCGAUGUAUUCGCGUGGGCAGAACAUUCCUCGAGCCCCCUCGACCACUAAGGAGAAUUUAGAUGAGACGCCCAUGGACAAGCGGAGGAGGAUAACAGUUGGAAAGAUGGUGGGACCCAAUACCACCAAUCUCCGGCCUCGGCAGGUACUUUCAGCGGUCAACGUUGGGCCCGCUGAUCCGACGUCUGCUGCAAACUCUGAUGCCGGGAGUACUGUUGGUGGGAUUGAGUUCAGCUCGAGGGAGGAUGUCGAGAGGUUGCUCAGUGAGAAAAUAAAGGGGAAGUUUAAAACUGAUCUCAAGGGAAAAAAUGAGCAGAUGAUAGAGUACAUCAAGAAGCUAAAAGCUUGCAUCAGAUGGUUCAUGGAGCUUGAAGAUGGGUAUCUAUUGGAGCAGGAGAAGCUUAGGAGUUUGUCUGAAGCUGAAGAGAAAAGGCAUGCCGAGAUAGAGACCCAAAUGAAAAUUAACAUUGAGGAACUAAAUUCAAGAAUUGAAGAUCUUCAGGGACAAUGUGCGUCUUUGCAGGAGAAGUUGAGCAGGGAGGAAGCUGAAAAAUUGGCUAUAAGUAAAUCUUUCAGGGAAGAAGCAGAAGCUAGGGUUGCUUCAGAUAGAUUACGAGCUUCAUUAGCAGAGGAACUUGAAAGAACUACAGAAGAUUUGAAACGGAAUAGUGAUCAGAUUAAAUUGCUUCAAGAUACCAAUAAGAGGUUACAGGAGUAUAACACCAGCUUGCAACAAUAUAAUAGCAAUCUUCAGGCAGAAUCUGUUAAAACUGGGGAAGCCAUCUCAAAAAUGCAUACAGAGAAGACUGCAAUGAUGGAAACUAUUGCAAGUUUAAGGGAUCAUACUAACUUGCUUAAGUCUCAGUUGGACUCUUCCAGGUCUUCUCAACAAGAAGCUAUAAAGCUUAAAGAAGAGUUAAGAAAAGAAGUUGGUUGCCUUAGAGCCGAACUGCAGCAAGUAAGAGAUGAUCGUGAUCAUCAGUUAUCACAGGUCCAGAGUUUGAGUAUUGAGCUCGCCAACUACAAGGAACUUACUGGAAAGACUUCCAAGGAGUUGGAUACUAUUACGACAACUAGAACUACCCUUGAGGCAACAUGCUCUUCACAAAAGGAACGAAUCCAGCUAUUAGAAUCCCAAGUUGAGGCGGCUAAUGAAAAACUGAAGAGAGCUGACUUAACAGCUAUUGAAGUAAUGACUGAAUAUGAAGAGCAGAAGAAUACGAUAAAAGUAUUGCAAAAUCGUGUUAUUGAUGCUGAUAUUCAGAUCUUUGAAGCCGAGAAAUUGCGCAAGAAAUUGCAUAACACUAUUCUGGAGCUUAAAGGAAAUAUUCGAGUAUUUUGCAGAGUGAGGCCAGUACAUGACAGUGACUGUAAUGAGGUAGAUGGUGCUAUUGUUUCCUACCCCACAUCAUUUGAAUUUCUUGGGCGAGGCAUUGACUUGAUGCACCAUGAUCAAAGAUAUUCAUUCACCUUUGACAAAGUAUUUGAUCAUAAAGCGUCACAAGAAGAUGUAUUUGUGGAAAUUUCACAGCUUGUACAGAGUGCACUUGAUGGCUACAAGGUUUGCAUAUUUGCCUAUGGACAAACUGGUUCUGGCAAGACAUAUACCAUGAUGGGACAACCAGAAGCUUCUGAGCAGAAAGGAUUGAUACCUCGCUCGUUAGAACAAAUUUUUCAGAUCAGCCAAUCUUUGGAAAGUCAAGGUUGGAAGUACAAAAUGCAGGCCUCAAUGUUGGAGAUAUACAAUGAAACCAUUCGUGACUUGUUGGCCCCAAUUCGUUCUAGCAAUUUUGAUGCUACUGCUGCCCAUAGCAAAUUUGCAAUCAAGCAUGAUUCUAACGGUAAUACUCAUGUAUCGGAUCUUACAGUUGUGGACGUUUGCAGCAUUAAGGAGGUUUCAUUUCUCUUGCGGCAAGCUGCACAAAGCAGGUCUGUGGGCAGGACACAAAUGAACGAACAAUCAUCACGAAGUCAUUUUGUCUUUACUUUACGGAUAUCAGGAGUUAAUGAGAGUACGGAUCAACAUGUUCAAGGGGUACUUAACCUUAUUGAUCUUGCUGGAAGUGAGCGACUGGCCAAAAGUGGUUCGACUGGAGAUCGUCUAAAAGAAACACAGGCAAUUAACAAAAGUUUAUCAGCUUUGAGCGAUGUCAUCUUUGCAAUUGCGAAGAAAGACGAUCAUGUUCCAUACAGGAACUCUAAGCUUACAUAUCUUCUCCAGCCUUGCCUUGGGGGUGACUCGAAAACCCUGAUGUUCGUGAACAUCUCUCCCGAGGUAUCCUCAGCAGGAGAAUCGAUAUGUUCCCUUCGGUUUGCUGCACGGGUGAACUCAUGUGAGAUUGGGAUCCCUCGCCGUCAGACUCAGAUGAGAUCCUUAGAUUCAAGGCUAAGCUAUGGCUGAAGAUGUAGCUGCUGACAAUCUUCUAACAUUGUGUUGUGUUGUAUUGUAAUUUGUAUAGCGAUGGCCACACAGGUUCAAAAUGGUCUAGAGUUUUCGUAUUAAUAUGCGCGCAUGAUAUUGAGUAAUUCUUUCUCUU